AUUUGAGUCAAGUUUAACCAAGCAUACAAUUGCGUACUCCUUGUGUACUCUAUUUAUGAGGAUGGAACCCUCUUUAAACGAAACUCUACUUCCCGUAGUUUCACUUUAAGCAAAAGCAAUUCACACACUUUACAUUUAAGAGAAUUAUAUUUUACUCACACAAAUAAUUUUUAAUCUAAGUCAAAGAAUAGUCUGUGAAAAUUUUGACAGUUAGAUCUUAAUUAACCAAUAAGUAUUUUUAGCAGAUUUUAAGUUAAACGUCCUGAUUAUUUUUACAAAUUUUAUCACGAGAAAAACGAAUAAAAUUAAGCAACGUCAACUUCAUUUAAUGACUUAAUGGGCUGCCUGUGCCUGUUACAUGGGAUACAUAUUAUAACCUGGAUAUAACUUUAAGUGUUUAGUACUUUCUCCUCUUUCUCCCCAUAAGUGUGAAGGUAUGUGUACGAACAUCCAGAAUAUUCUGUCAUACAUAUUCAUUUAAGGAGAGGAAUUUAAUCAAAUGAAAGGAAAAUGAUAAAUGAAACAACUUGUUCCAAGGAAUGAAUGGAAAUGGAAUCUGGAAAACUUGGUCUUAUCUCCUGCACUACAAAUCCUGUUUUGGAGGAAGGCGAUAAUUCUACCACGAGCGAGAUAACGAUUAAAAUUAAGCAUGAGGGUCAAGGCACUACUAGUUCUUCCCAAGGCCAUGAGGAGAUUCAUACCAUGCUACAGUCCCCUGGGGGCAGUUCCCAUUUCAUCAAAGGUCUGGUCGUAGCUAAUGCAGCCUCAGAAACAAUUUCGUCCUCCCAACUUCAAACUACAAUUAUGGACCACGAUGAAAUUUACCUCCCAGACCGUGAUGGUACCACCCUGGUCGAAUCGCUCGCUGGAGCAGACGCUACCGGUCAUAUUCUUCAAAUGGUCAGACUGGCUACGGAUGAGAAUGGUGAAACCAUAAUAUUUGUCCAACCUCAAGAUAAAAAUGACUGCAAUUCCGCCCCAGUCGUCGUUCUUAAUUCGGAAGGACAUCCGAGCAUUGAUGCACUCCAAUCUCCUCUGACUCUCAAUACAUUUCAUGACCAUUCUUCAUCCCCAACGAGUGAGGAUAUCCCUGAUUUUAGUAAUGGAAAAAUUAUGGGUGGCGAGGAUGAAGAUAUGACGGCAUUAACUCGUCGCUGUGUAGUCUGUCUGCGAAGGAGGAAAUUUACUGAAGAAAUUUUCGACGAUGACAAUAAUCCGUAUUACCACAUCAGGGUCAUUUUCGCUCAUUUGAAUAUGCAGGUGGAAGGCACACCCACCGACUCGGGAGUUUGUCUUGAGUGUCUACACUACCUUCAACAAUGGCAUAUUUUCCAUUCCACAAUUGCUGAGCGACACGAUUAUGCGAGGAACACAGGGACCUCAGUGGUGCCAGGACCACUCAACUUUCACUCACUUGAAGCUCAGAUUUACAAACAGUACACCAAACUUUUGGAAGCAAAAGAAAUAUUCCACGCUGCAACCCAUGCCCAUUACGUUAGACGGCACUUAACGGACAAGGACUGGGACUUCUUCUCUGACCAACUAACUCUAGCGUUGACUGAUACCACAAAGUUCGACGAGUUAAAGGAUUUUAUAAUGGGUGGAGAAAAACUGUCAAAAUUCCUUUGUACAAUAUGUUCAGUUCUCAUUCCUGAUGGAACAUCAGGAUACAUCGAGCAUAUGAAGAAGGAACAUGGCCAGUGUCCAGUUUUAUUCCCUUGUGAUAUGUGUGGAAAGAUUUUUCCUGGAAAAUCCCCCGAUACCAACGCCUGCAUGGUAGACUACUUUGACCACUGGGUUUCCCACUUUCACCUUAAAAUUUGGGACCGUAUACCGGUUGUGGAAGAUUGUACAAAUCCUGUAGUAGAAAAUGACGGAGUAACCUUAUCUCAGGAAAAUAGCGAUAUAAUUGAUGAAGAAAGCACUCAAAAGGAGAAGGAACAAACGUACUCCAACAAACGGAGAAAAAUGGGGAGUGAAGUUAAACGUCAAAAAUAUCAGCACAAAAUCAAUCAAAUAAAGAACGUACUCAACAACUCCUCCUAUCAACAUCUAAUUCGUCGCGACCUUGAUGAAGAAAGCUUUGAAUUUAUAGCAGAACGACUUCUCACCACUAAAUCAAAUUCUUCUGCAAAGAUGAAGGAAAUCGAAAAUAUGACUUUCUCCAAGGAGAGAAUGCGCAACAUUUUCUGCGAAGACUGCCGUAAAACUAUUUCUGGUGGGAAGGAUGGAUAUCAUGAGCACAGAAAAACAAUACACAAUGAUACCGACGAAUAUUUAACCAUUCCAUGUGAUAUUUGUGGAAACUUUUAUCCUGAAAAAGACUUGACUGGUUUAAGUGAACAUUAUUUUACUCAUUGGAUAUUUCACUUCUACUUUGAAGAAUGCCGAACUUGCCAGGAAAAAUGCCCUAAUGUGAAUCUACUCAAGAAGCACAAUCUGUUACACGAGAAACGCACAGGAUACCCGUGUCCACAAUGUGAUAAGGUGUUGGCAAAGAAAAUUACUUUGGAACAUCACAUAAAAACCCAUCUUUCGGAAGAGGAAAAAAUGAAAAAUGCUCUGACUUGUCAUAUUUGUGGCAAAACCAUUACUGCACCCACAUUGAAAGCUCACAUGUUUUCUGUCCAUUCCGAUGAGCGUCCCUGGAAAUGUGAAGUAUGCGGAGCUCGAUUCAAACACAAGAGCGACUUGAACGGUCACCGAAACGCUGUACAUCUCAAAAUCAAGAAUUUCACUUGCAAUAUAUGCGGAAAAUCAUUCGGACAUCAGUGUGGUCUCCGCGUCCACAUAAUGUCACACGAAGAUAAGCGCAACUAUUCGUGUCCAACUUGUAACAAGAGGUUCUUGACAAUGUGGCAUCUUAAAAAGCACAUUGUCACUCACAAGGAAGAUAAAGAUAUACUUUGCCCUACGUGUGGGAAGGGGUUUAAAAAACAGGAAUCUUUACAGGAGCACAUGACCAUCCACACUGGAGAAAUGCCACACGAGUGUCACAUUUGCGGUCGCAAAGUUCGUGUCCUUUCCAAUCUAUACAAACACUUUCUGGUUCACAAGAAGAACAAGACGUACUACAGUAAAAAAGACGGUCUUCCUGACCCUUUAGAUGCCUAUAUCGUGGAACAACAAAAGAAAAAAUCGGUCAACAAAAUCCUUCUGGCCGCAGAAAGUCGGUCCUUCGCAAAAAACGAUAACAACAUUGACUCUAGUUCGUCCGACUACAUUCUUGAGGAUGGGAUGGAAAAUGAUCCCGAUAUUGACAAUAUUAUCGGACUUGGAGACGCAGAUUUACAAGUGAACCGAUCUGUGAACAACAAGGUCGUAACUUAUCGGCGUAAAUCCAACCGUAUUAAUUCUACUGCCAACACCACUAUCCCGUCAACAGAAAACAGUCAAAAUGCCUCAUUUUCAUCACCUACUCUUCAACAAAAUAGCCUGAUCGAAAUUGUUUCGGACGAAAGUCAGCAAGGUUUUUAUGUGUCGUCAGAAUCCGAGGAAGCCUUGUCCCUUAACCACCACGUUGAGUCUGGAGAAAGCAUGAAAAAUGAAUCCGGAAGACCGACAGAAGAAUACCACUUGAUGCAACAAAACAAUGUCACCUCUUGGCCAAAAUUAAGCCCUGUAGUAAUGAUGGACAUAGGUCAACCUAAUUCUAGUUCAAGGCCAAUAUCGUAGCAUAACCUAAAUGUAAAAAAUAUCUGACCGUGACCAUACUUUUCCCGCUCAACGUCAACAUAUCUACGUAUUUACAUUUUUUGAAAGCCUAAACAAUGUCUAAAGAUGACUGUUAUUAUGUAUAUUAAUUGUAAGAUGUGAUUAAGCACUCCUAUCCGUGCCGUGCCGUUCUUGUUGAACGUUAUGCCGCAGAUUUGUAAAAUUAAUUUACAGGUAGAAAAUGUGAACUAUUAAAAAAGAGGAAUAAAGCUAUAAAGUAAAGUCUCAUA